UUUAUCCCUUGUUCGUGUUCGUGUAUAGACCGCCCAACCAAUCAUAUAAUUUCUGAUAAUUUCGAUUAUCCAAAUCAUAACUUGAUAUUAUCCAAACCGAUUUAUCUCUUGCCGUCUUCCUUUUCUCGUCAGCCAAGAAACUCCCAGGAAAAUCACAGCUUUCCAUCCCAUUUUCCCGAGAUAAAAGAAAAUGGCAGUUGUUCACUGAAAAUCUCUAAUUUCUUAUGGCCCUUCUCGUCCCUUCGCCGGAAAUUUCUAGGAUUUUCUGCUACCCCAACCCUAUCCCUACAAAGUUCAAAGGCACAAAAAUCUUGACGACCAGUAAGAGGGUAGUCUCUAGGAUCACAGUUUGUGCCAAAGUCAGGGAAUUUGAGGUUAGGGUUUGGGAACGCGAUCAGAAUGUAAGUCUGUACGGACAGUUUUCGGCUCCUGUUAAGCAAGGUUCGAAGCCGAGCAAGGAAGAAGAAGAGAAGCAGAAGUACUAUGUGAAUAUGGGCUAUGCUAUCCGCACGCUCAGAGAGGAAUUUCCUGAGCUUUUCUACAGGGAGCUCAGCUUCGAUAUAUACAGGGAUGAUAUUGUGUUUAAAGAUCCUCUCAAUACUUUUAUGGGCAUUGAGAACUAUAAGUCUAUUUUCUGGGCACUGCGAUUCCAUGGAAAAUUGUUUUUCAAGGCCUUGUGGGUUGACAUCAGUAGUGUCUGGCAGCCCAUGGAGAAUGUUAUAAUGGUUCGCUGGACAGUUCAUGGUAUUCCACGAGUUCCAUGGGAGAGUCGUGGUCGAUUUGAUGGCACCUCUGCAUACAAGCUUGACAAGGAAGGAAAGAUUUUUGAGCAUCGCGUUCAUAACAUUGCUUUGAACUCACCUCCAAAGUUCAAGGUUCUGGGUGUGCAGGAUUUGAUCCAAUCUCUUGGCUGCCCAUCGACCCCAAAACCAACAUUUUUUGAAAAUUCAUCCUCUUCAUCAUCGGAGGGUACUUAGUGUAUUUAAAAGUGAAGUAAAAUUUUGGUAAUGUCGUGCCUGUGCCGUGGUUGGUUCUUAGCUUUGUGGGCUGGUAUUGACCUGUUAAAUGUCAUUAUCUUUCUCCAUUUGUAGUUUCAACUAGGCAAAGGCCAGCAAUAUAGGCUGUAUCCCUGUAAAAUAACCUAGAUCCUGGGUCUCAACUAAACAAUUCUAAGAUUACUGCUAUACUGUAUACACCUUGUAUAUUGUAAUUUGUAUAGUUGAAGAUGAGUGCAAAUUGUCAACUUCCGAAGA